AUGGCAAAAGAAAAUUUAAAUAUUCGUUAUGUUUUCAUUAUCGGUGGUUAUGAUGAUACAAUACGAAAAGAUUUUCAAGAUUAUUUGAUAUUGGUCCGUCAGAAAUUUCUCAAUGAAGAUAAACAUGAAUCAAAUCCAUUAAAUUCACUGCUGUUACGGUUGUAUCGUACAAUGAAAAUUUUGAAUGUAAGUUGUUCAAUAGCAGAAAAAGAUGAAUAUAACAAGAAUGAACAAUUUAUCGAUGUUUUAAUUGCACAUCAACAGAAAGAUGAUAGUUUUUAUUUUUUCGUUCGACAAUGUGUUCAUUUAGUCGAUGAGAUUACAGAGGAAAAAAAAGCAAUUUGUUGUGAUUUUCUUCGAUACAAAUUGUUUGAUGAUAAUCAUACAAAUUCACACGAAGAUAACUUAUCAUUACUUGGCGCUGAAUUUUACGUUAACAACAACAUUGCUGAACAACAUAAACAAGGCGUGAUGGAUAAGACAGCAUUUGCUGCCUAUCGUUCGCUACGCCAAAUUGCAGAUGAAUACAAACUCGACGUUGAUCCGCCUCGAAUCGUUUUUGUUGGUGAGACAUCGACAGGUAAAUCGAUGCUGGUACAAAAUUUUCUCGGUUUUCCGUGUACAUUUACCAAUGAUGGUAUAGCUACUCGAUGUCCAGUAGCCUAUCAACUUCGUUACAAUCCUGAUGCUUUAACACGACGUGUCGUCAAACCAGAAGGUGUUACAACUAAAGAACUUGCUAAACAUAUUGGGUUGCAUAUGAAAAAAGUUGAGGUAGAAUCUCAGUUUUCAACUGUUCCUUAUGAAGUUGAAAUUGAGAGUAACACGUAUCCGGAUAUGGAGAUUCUUGAUGUGCCAGGUCUGGUUGCAGGUCAAGGUGAUCCAAAUGUACGCGACGCUGUAGAAAAAAUUGAUGCCAACCAAGAGUUGGCCAAUUAUUAUGGUGGUCGAACGGUUGCCGAUUUAUGCACAGGUGCUUUGAACAAAGGUUCUAAGUUGCCACCAAGACUCGAUUACAAGGAUCAUAUGUGUACAAUUCAAACUAAAUUCGAUAUGUUCACGCGUAACAAUCUGAACGGUAGUCGCGCAAACCGAGGCAUAAGCGAACGUUUAGCGUCUCAGAGUGACACAUAUUUUGUUAGUAUGAUACCUGAUGCACGUGUCAUGGGCGAUGAAAGUUUCAAAAGUAAUGAACAAUAUAUGAGCGAUCUACCACGGCUCGAAGAAGAGUAUGUCAAUCAAUGGAUUCGGGAAAUCAAUUUAAAGGCAAAUAAAGCACCUUCUUUUUACGAAGAAUUUAAUCGACGAUAUCGCUCACUAAUCGGCAUCAAUGUUGUGCGACAGCACAUUCAGAAACGUUGGUUGAAGGCAUUUUACCAAGCGGCACCGGUUCUUAACGCAACACUUGGACAACAGCUCAUUCAUGCUAAUCAAAAAUACGAAGCCGCAUUGAAUGAAUACAAACUAGCUGAUCCGGCUCUAAUUCGAAAAUCGUAUUUGGUGUAUUUAGCUGAUUUUCAGAAGACACUCGGUCAAUAUGCUGCAUACAAAGCGGAGAUCGAUUACUUUUUUCCCACACAAAAAUAUGGUUCUACUUAUGCUGAAAUCGAAAAUGGCUAUCGAAAUUGGCCACGAUGUCAACAACUCGUUUGGCGAGCUCAUUUAACCGAUACUCAACUUAAAGUCAAUGCGAAUAUAGAUGACGUAGAUGGUCAAAACUUAAUCGACACACUUGAUUCGAAAUGUGUUGGUGCCAGUCAAUUUAGCCGAUUGCAUAAACUAUUCGCCUAUAUGGUUCUAUCGCAUAAACCAGAAGAGUUAACUCGAGACGAAAUUGUCUCAUAUGAAACGCACUUAUACGGUGGUUCAAGCACGUGUCCAAACACAGAAAAAUUGAUACGUGACGUCUUGUUUCGACGUAUGCGACAUACAUUUGCUAUUGGUAUUCCGUGGUUUACUCAGAUGCAUACCUAUUUACUUGAUAAGUUUCGAGAAGAUGUCACUCGACAUUUACUCUCACAAACCCAACAUGCGCAUCUAGCGAAACAUACGGCAUUUUUGAGCCUAGUAGAACUUGACUAUCAUCGAGAGGUGCGCACCAUGUUAUCUAAAGCUGUCGAAGCUGUACGUCAUGCACGUCUCUCUUGUAGUUCCUAUAUCCAAUACGAUAUAACUGCAUGGAUCAAAAGGUUAACUUUCCGUAUACCAAGUGAAAUUCAACAUGGAUUUUAUGCUCAAGUAUUACCAAAUGUGUUCGUUAAAAAUGUCACAUCUACAACGAACAGGUCAAGUGGUCAAACUGAUUUGUAUAGAGAAGCGACUAUUGGAGAAAUCUUCGCUAGCAUUAAAAAACCAAGUUUACUUGAUUUCAUCUCUGGUUCAGAUUCAUAUUUAACUAGUAAACGUGAUUCAAACACUGGCUCACAUCACGAUAGUGCUCGUAAAACUGCUCAAGAAAUUUAUGAAGUAACAUGUGGUCGACUUGUCAACGAUAUAGUUAGUCAUUUUAAUUCGAAUGUUGCCAUUAAAGUUGUUCACUUUAAUGAAGCCAAAUCUUUUUCACCUCGAUCAAUCGCCAACCAACUAAGCCAUGCCACUGAUAUUGAUAUUGCGCGUAUGGCUAAUCUCGAAUUAGAGAAAAUAUUGACAGCUCUUGAUUACUGGAAACAACAAAUUAGUGAUCUAACAGAAACGAGCGUACUACUCGAUGGACUCGCACAACAACUUGUUGGAGAAAAUACGAAUAAUGAUAUGAAACCUGAUGAUUUGAAAGAAUAUGCAAAAAAAAGUGCACAAAUAUCUGUAGAUCUGCUCGACAGUCAACGACAACGCAUCAUUAAAUCGUUGAAUAGAUCAUUAUUGACAGAUUCAGAAAGUCAAGCGGAUUCAAAUGAUCCUAAAAAUAUGAUCGAUGAUACAAAUGAAGAAGUGAAUGAAGAUCGAUUUCUCCUUCGUACUGCCGACCGUAUGACAUCUGAAACAUUUCUCCGAAACAUCUAUCAAGUUCAUGAUAGAAAGGAUGUUCGUGCUUGUUUGCUCGAAGGUGAUGAUCUCGAACAGGACAUCAAUGAACCACGCUUCAAAUCAUCCGUUAGUUCCAAUAUGAAUGAAGCUGAUGGAACAUUGCAAGAGCCAGAAGUUCGAAGUACAUAUCGGGAUACAGAUCUUGCCAAAGAUCGCAAUAUAGGUAAUGUACUUGAAAGCUGUCAAAAUUAUGAAAACUAG